CUUCCAUGAAAAUCUCCCACUUUUUGGACGUUAUUGAUUUGGCAACGGCGUAAUAGCGGUUGGGUGAACUUCGUUGUAUUAUGCCCCACUCACACCUUAUGGAAGAUUCACAAUUUUAUCAUGUUUUGUGAUUUUAUCGUUCUGUGUCAAAUUGAACAGCAGAGUUCUGCAGUGAGUUUUCCUCUUGUUUGGAUUUCCAAAUUCCGAUAAUUUUGGGAAACCUAAACACAUGGAGGAAAUUUGCGAAUUUGUUUUGUGAUACUUGAGCAUACAUUUUAAACCUAUCCACACACGUGUUUUAGUCCUGCCUAAUAGAUUUUUCUUUGCAAAAUCUUGGCAAAAUGGCAGAACCAACGGGAAAUCAGUCAAACCAAGCUCGUAAGCCCACAAUAAAGAAGAUAGAAUUCCCUCAACCUAGUAAUUCUACCUCUUUCCAAUUUCGUCCAUUGCCUAUACAGAGUGCGGAAAUAAUUGGGAAAGAUGCAGUCAUAAACCGUCCUAAAAUGGUCUUACCUACUGUAGCCAAAAGCAAAGAACCUCCUCUAGUAUUUCGUGGAAAACGAAAUAGUAGAACUAAAUCAAGGGACAGUAAGUUAAAAACACCAUCAAUCACAUCAGUUGGCAAACUGCAAAUUGGCAAUGCCACCUAUGAUUUCACAUCUGAUGAUCUACAAGAUUUGGGAGAGAUAGGUCGCGGUGGAUUUGGCACAGUCAACAAAAUGAUACAUAAGAAAACAUCUACUGUUGUAGCUGUGAAGCGUAUCAGAUCUACUGUAGAUGAAAAAGAACAGAAACAGUUACUUAUGGACUUGGAAGUAAUUAUGAAAAGUAGUGAAAAUAAGUACAUUGUGCAAUUUUAUGGUGCUCUGUUCAAAGAGGGUGACUGUUGGAUAUGUAUGGAGUUGAUGGACAUAUCCUUAGACAAGUUUUACAAAUUCAUUUAUGAGAAAUUAAAGAAACGAAUACCUGAACCAAUAUUAGGUAAAGUAGCCCUAGCUACCGUGAAUGCUCUGAAUUAUCUCAAAGAAGAAUUGAAAAUAAUACAUAGAGACGUGAAACCAAGCAAUAUUCUUCUGGACAAAGGAGGAAACAUUAAACUUUGUGAUUUUGGCAUUUCUGGUCAACUGGUAGAUUCUAUUGCCAGGACUAAGGAUGCUGGAUGUAGACCUUACAUGGCACCUGAAAGAAUAGAUCCUCAGCCUGCCAAAGGUUACGACGUGAGAAGUGACGUUUGGUCAUUGGGCAUAACAUUGAUGGAGGUUGCUACUGGACAUUUCCCCUAUAAGCGGUGGUCAAGUGUUUUUGACCAGCUGGAUGAAGUCGUGAAUGGAGAACCACCGAGACUAACCACCAACCAUAAUGCGAACACUUUCACUGCUGAAUUUGUUCAUUUUGUAAAUACUUGUUUGAUAAAGCAAGAAACCCAGAGGCCGAAGUACAAACAGCUGCUUCAAGAUCCGUUCAUAUCGAGGGCGCAAAAAGAAGAGGUGGACGUAGCUUCGUAUGUAGCAGAAAUUAUGGAUGAAAUGGCUAAUAAUGGCAUAAGUGCAUUUACAACAAAUCAACAGUGAAAUCAUACUUUUUUAGUUUCUGCUAGUUCAUAAUUGAGCCCAAUGAACGUCUCGACAAAUUUCGGACAUGGCAGGACAGCGAAAACAUAGUAAAAAUCGAAUACAUUUAUAGAAAGAUAAAUGAAAUCUGACAUAACUCAUUUACCCACUCUGCUAAUCGUGACGGUAGGGUAUAUGCCCUGAACCACCGCCCUGAAGCAAAAUAUGUAGGAAAGGCCUGCUAAUUUUGUUUCCACCUAAUCGAUCAAAGUCUCCACAGAUUCUAGAUAUUAUCCAGCAUAAUUCAUAGUUAUGAGAGGUGUGAAAUUGAAAGCAUAAAUAGAACAAAAUAUAUUUCAAAUAUUUCCGUGUCCACGUCUUGUUUACUGCACUCGAUUCGUAAUAGAGAUGGCCGAUAUCGUUAUUUUUUGAUAUCUGUGAUAUUUGAUACCGUUACUUUCCGAUAUCAGUGAUUUAAAGCGUGACGUGAUCACGACUUUUGAAUAACGAUGGGCGAGUUCCGCGGUAUCAUUUUAGGAAACGAAUCGCGCCGUAACCGAUGCAGGUGCAGUGAGAUGUAAAUACAUAAUUAUUUAUAAUAUUGCUCGAUAUUUGUUAAAAAGUUUUGUGUUUGUGACGUUCAGAAAAUGGUAUUUUUAGUGAAGCUAGAGCAGGGUGCAUAAUUGAUACAUGUGCUUAUUGAGAGUAAUUUGUAAUUUGGGCAGCUUACUGAAUCGUCACGAGACCAUAGUAAUCUAUAAGAUGAAAAGGAGAGGUUAUGGGUAUACUGAUUUACUAUUAUUCAGAGCAAAAUACCGCGAUAAAAUCGCAUGGCUGGAAUUACCAAAACCUAUGGCAAGACAUUGCAUGCAGAUCAUGUGGUAGUCCUGAUUUAUUAGAUUUGGUAACAGUCCUGAUUCGUGAUUUAGGUCGUUUCCACAAUUGCAGGACGCCCUUAUGACCUCCUUGAUUUUCAUAGUCUGGGCUCCUUCAGAAAUUUCAAGAUUUCUACUGUCCCGUGUCAGCGUCAGCGGUGUCAUAUUGUAAGGUUGUUUUUUUUAAUCAUUUACCCUAUUUCACCAGUAUCCAUCACGCUUUGGCGUCUACUGAGGUGAGCAGCUGAUCAGCAAGUGACAUUUUAUUGUUAGUCUGCGACGUUGGCAAUAGUGAAUCGGGUGUAAAUCUAGUAAAAUUUGUUUGUAGCGUUUUGUUUUUUGUAUGCAAAUAAACUUUUCUGAAUAAAACAGCUAUUUGCAAGUACAAAAUGUGUCUGUAGCGUACAAAAAACCAAAACAAAAUACCGCCCAGACUACCUGACGUUGACGGAUCCGUCAGAAUUAUGUGUCCUGUGCCGAUAUGGGGAAUUCUGAGAUAUGACUAGAUAAUCAGCUGUCCUUCCACCGUGAUGGAUACUCGUGAAAUAGGAAAUUUCAGGCUGAUAAAACAGAUGCAACAAUUUGAUGCAGAUAUUUGUAACAUAACCUCAAAAUAGAGCGCUGACACGGAACAGUAGGAAUUUAGAAAAAGCCCUGCACAUCUGAAGGACAGGAAAACUAUGAAGAUCAAUGAGGCCACGAUUGUAGGAACGACUUACGAUACGGCACUAAGAAAUGUCAGUUACUAAAUCACAGUUCGUAAAAUAUCUGUCGUCACUAAUUCAUAACGUCAAACUUGCGAUUCGAUAUUGGCCAUGUUUACGCUGUAACCAUAAGCUUGUAAAAUACUACACAACUGGGCGAUCCAAAAAUUAGGUUGAAUUUUCGGACAAAUGUCUGACUUUGAGAGUGCUGCGUACACUGCGAGAAGCUGCCACGGGUAAUUGUGGCGCGUAACUGACGCUGUGUAGUCGUUCGCAGGAUACUCGUUUUAAGUAGUUGCUAUAUAUACGGGGUGUUUAAAAAAACGUGGCAAUAUUUCUAGGGUAGAAUACUGAAAUUUGGUAUUCUAAUACGAAUCCUGAAUACUCUAUUUUAAAUUGUAUUCAAAUAAAUCAAAGAAAAAAGUACUUAAAUUUAAUAUUUUUAAUACCUGGAUUCAUUUAAUAAUUUUUGAAUAUUCCAAGUAAAACUUAGGUCAUAAUAGUAUAUAAAAAAGUUAAAAAUUCAUUACUUUAUUCAAAACAAUUUCAACAUCCUGUAUCUCGAUAAGGGGCAUUUAAGACCUAUGCUUAUUUGCACUUUUCGUGUAAUUUUUUUGAUUCACUUUAUGCCCUAGAAAUAUUGCAACGUUUUUCUGGAACAUCCUGUAUACGUGACAAUGUAAUGUUCAUCAGUACUGGACUUUUACACAAUUUACCCAUUGUACUUUUAUUUGUUUGGUUUUACUCUGUGUGGAAUUAUAAUAGUCCAAUAAUAAUGAAAGUGUAUAUUUCAAUACCAGUUUUAAAUCUGUAUAGUUUUAUUUAAUGACUAGCUUAGAGAGGUAACGAUCUAUGUUGAAAGUAGCUAUUAUAAUAAAAACGUUAACACCAAUGAAAAUAAUGUCCAUUUUGUAUAUACAAACAUUAUUAUAGAUUAAUUUUAGACUUCAUUCUUGUGAUGUGAUUCUCGUUUUUAAUCCUAUUUUCAAGUAUAUUUUUGUGAAGUACAAUUUUCACAGGAUAAGUUUCAGGUGUUACAUUAUUUUUCAAUGUGUAUUUUCAGUGUUAACUUUGCAAGUAAAUUUGAAAAUAAUGUAAUCUUGUGUAUUAUCGGUGCUUUAUUUUAUUUAUUGUGUAGAAUUAUGUAUAUUUGGUGUAGUUUAAGAAAUUCAAACUAUUUAUAUUCUAUUUUACCCUUCUUUAAAAAAUUGUUGCCGUUAAAAAUUGCCUACUGUAUUUAUGACUGUAUAUAUUUAAGUUUUGUACUCAAUUGUUUGAUAAAAUAAACAAUUUUAUUGUUUAUUUCCUGUUGAGUCUGUAAAAAUAAAA